CAAAAUUAGUCGUCUGUCACCACUCUAUGCCAACUUGAAGCCAAACGGAAUUCCAUCGACUGAAAUCAACGUCAACAACAUACUGGAAUGUGCUAGAUUCUGCUAUAGUGACGUGGCAUGUAAAGGAUACUUAUACAACGACGACAACGGCCUAUGUUCUGUAUACAACAUCAGUUUUUAUUCUUAUUCAUUUGUACAGCAAGUGGGACUGCUGGCGUACGAAGUCGCCCCUGGCGUCCAGUCAGACUGCUAUGACGUCAUGAUGAACAGCGAGACCAGUGGCAUAUAUCAGAUUGUCCCACGUGACAACGGCGCUCCAAUCAACGUUUAUUGUGAAAUGACGUUAGACGACGGAGGUUGGUUGAUUAUUCAGCGACGGACGGACGGGUCGGAAGAUUUCUACAGAACGUGGAAUGAAUACAGAGACGGAUUUGGAGAUUUGAAUAACGAGUUCUGGUUAGGAAACGCAAUUAUCCACAGACUUACUAGCCAGGGUGUCUUUGACUUGCGGGUUGACUUGGAAGACUUUGAAGGGAACCGUGUGUACGCACAGUACACCAACUUCUCGCUGGCUUCAGAACAGGACUAUUUUCGUCUGACAGUAGGAGCGUACAGUGGGGAUGCUGGUGAUUCCCUAUCAGGGCACGCCGGAUACGGUUUCACGACAAAAGACUCGGACCAUGAUAUCUGGCAUGUUAACUGUGCACAGUUGUUUAAAGGAGCAUGGUGGUACCAUGACUGUCAUUCGUCCAACCUAAACGGCGCGUACCUGAGAGGAAACCACUCCACAUUCGGGGACGGAGUAAACUGGUAUAGCUUCGCUGGAUACUAUUACUCUCUCAAAUACUCAGCGAUGAAGAUAAGACCAUCUCCGCUCAUUUACUAACUAGUCCAAGCU